UACGCGUAUAUUUCAUGAAUGUUUUCUUCUAACCUAAUUCUCGAAAAAGGAGAAUAACUUGUUUGUAUCUUUGUAAUUAAUAUUUCUUCACGCCAUUCGAUUAUGGCAACUAGAAUUUUUCGAAUUUUCCCAAAAGAUGUUUCUCCGCGUUUAACAGUUUAUAUGGAGCAAGUUCGGUUUGGGCAUCGUUUACGAGGAAAACCACCAAUGAUUGCCAGAAAUUUAAAACAACGACUCGAUGAACUCAAUAAAACGGAUCCAACGAUAUUAUUUAAAGUAAACAUAGGUUUUUCCGUACCGAAAAUCUCAUCAAAAACAAAAAAUAUUUGGAUGAACGAGAUAAAAGCUAACAGACAAAACGCGGAAUUCGAAAGGCAACUACGAAGCGGAGAAUCUUCUAUCAAUUUGGAGACAGUAAAGGAAGUUUGGCACGAAACAUCUAGUCCAUAUCAUACUCGUAUAAUCGCUGAUCAUUAUGGAAUUUUCCAAGAUACGUUCGGCGACGCAUAUUUCUUUCCAGUCACACCAUUAGAAAUAAAUUACGAGGUCGAUGAAGAUACUCGCGUUAAAGUUUACACCGGUAACGUUAUAAAGCCUAUAGAAGCAUCUCGAUCACCAUCCGUCACGUACAAAGCAGAAACAGAUAGCUUAUGGACUUUAAUAAUGUGUACGCCGGAUGGUAAUAUGCAAAACUCAUCAAACGAAUACUGUCAUUGGUUCGUAGGGAACAUUCCUGAAAACAAAAUAUCACAGGGCGAAGAGAUAAUAGAUUAUUUAAGACCGAUUACACCUAGAGGAGUUGGAUAUUUUCGUUACAUAUUUAUCCUCUAUAAACAAGAUCAGCAUUUAGAUUAUGCAGAGUAUAAGAAGACCCUACCUUGUUUAAGGUUGGCAGAUCGCGAUUGGAAUACAUUGAACUUUUAUCGUAAAUAUCAAGACUAUCUAACUCCGGCUGGACUGGCAUUUUUCCAAAGCGAUUGGGAUCCUACAUUGACAGAAUUCUAUCACUCAACAUUAGGAACAAAGGAGCCGAUAUUUCAGUACGAUUUUCCAAAACCGUACGUCGCGCCUCAAAAAUGGUUUCCAAAAAAGCAGGCAUUUAAUCUUUAUAUGGAUAAAUAUAAGGAUCCAAAGGAUGUAAUGAAAGAAUUUCUACUAAGAAAAUUGAAAAGCGUUCAUCCUUUCGAAGCACCAAAACCACCUCUAAAAUAUCCUAACGCGUGCCCCAUCGGAAGGGACGUACCUUCUUGGCUGAAAUUGGAAAUAAGGAAGGAGCGUCUAGGAUUUGGUCGUGUCAACGAAUUGAAAUAAAGCACGUGGAAAAAGUGUGGCAAUGCGUUGUAUAGUACAUCGUAAAAAGUAUCUUUUUGUAAAUAAAAUAUCAUUAAAGCGAAAAUGUAGAAAAAUA